AUGCCCCACGAAUCAAUAAUACUCGGAAAGAACCAUGAAGAAUUUCUUAAAAGCCUUGGGUUUUACCAAAAAAUUAAAACAGACAACCACUGUGUUUUUAGAACACCAAAUGAUAAAGUUAUUAUUGAUCAUAUUGUUAGUCCAAGUGAUGAUACAAGAACUGUUCUUCGUCUGUUUUUUAUUAAUUUUGUGAAAUUGUUAAAAGUAAAUAAUAGACCAAUGGAAGAAAUUGCUUCAUUAAUUCCAAUUCAAGAAAUAAACUCUAAUGGCAAACCAGAAAUUGUCGUUGCAGGAGAAAAAUUAGAGUUUGAUCAAGAUUGGCAUAAUAAACUACCAUCUGACCAAAUAAAUCGUUGGUGGUUAAUUUUUGAUUUUGCUUUUAAUCUUUCAAAGAAAAUUUAA